AGGUAAUAUUCUAUAAUGGACGAUGAAAAUGAGCUAUUGGGACCUCCAGAUGACCCAGAAAUCGAGAAAAAUCGAAUUUUAUCGAUUUUCGGCAAGAUUUUAUCGAAUGAGCCGGUGCAGCAGCUUACAGCGAUAGAUGUGCAAAAUGUUGAGCUUGCGAUUGAAAAGAUCCAGCUUCAUUUUUCCCGUCAAACUGCACUAACCGAAGAGGACAUUCUAAACGUCAAAAAUUUGAAUUUUUUCUCGCCGAGACCUCAAGAAUCCAUUGAAACUGUUCCCGGAACCUCAAAUUUACGAAUUGAUGAGCCAGAGGAGCUCGAGGAGCUCGACUACAACGAAUCACUGUCAGAUUGGUCGGAAUCUCAAAAAAGUGCGGAAGAAGUGGCCGAAGAAGAUCUGAAUUUCGUUGAAAAUGGCUUAAACGACGUGAAAAUCGAGUCAGAAAUCGAAGAAACCGCAUAUUUUCCGGCAAUUCCACCGGAAACCGCCGCAAAUGCGUGGGAAAUUCUCAAAAAUUUGCAAAUUUCAAAGGAAAAAGCAAUCAAAACCGAGGAGGAUAUUAUUUAUUUAUCAUCAGAUUCGGAAUCUGAAGAUGCUGAAAGAGACGAUUUUCUGCAAAAAUCCAAUGUUUCCCAGGCGAAUUUCAUAAAACAUUUAUCCAAGGAUCGAGCUCACCUAAAAAUGAAGAAAUUGUCGAAAAUGCCCGUGGAUUCUGCAAAACUUGACUUAACCUACCCACUUGGAGUGACUUUUGACACGAAAUCUGACUCAUGGUACAUCACAAAUCAACCAUAUUUCUGUGAAGGUGAUGGAGGAUUUAAGGGAGAAUCGAAAAUUGUGAAGAUUUACGCUGGAUGCGAUAAGAAAAUUGCGAAAUUUGAGGAUAUCAAGGAUUCGAGAAUUCAAAAUCCAUCGGCGAUUACUGUUUAUAAGGAAGGAUCACAAAUAGCUGUACUCUGCUCGGAAAAUUCAAAACGUCGUCCAUCGAUUCGUCUCAUAGAUCUCAAAAAUUCGCACAAAGCAAGCAGCACAUUCUGCUCGUAUAAAGACCGAAAAAUCGAUUUUUCUCAUCCGGCACGCGGUUUGGCUCGAACUAUUGGAGGAAAUCUUAUAACAAUGGAUCGACCGCCAGAAGAAGAUCCACGACUUCGCGUUUUUCGGGUUGACGAUCGCCGAAAAACGGUUUCCGAUGAGACUUUUGUUCUCUCGGGAACCUCUUUGCCGAGCUUUAUCGCCACAUCUGGUGAUACUGUAGUGAUUACUGAUUUGGGUAAUACACAGAAAGUUAUUCUUAUACGACUUGACGAUUCAAAAUGGAAAGAUGUGAAGUUUGAGAUUAUUCGAGUCAUUUCAGCGACUGGAAUCAAUUUGUCAGCCGAGCACAUUCUCAACACUCAAUAUUUUACCUACGUCGCCGGAGCACAAAUUGAUCAGAAUGGAAAUGUCAUUAUUGCAGACGCGAAGAAUCAUCAUUUCAAGCUUUUCGAGCCGUCGUUGGGCUUCAUACACCGCGUUUCCACGGAUUUCCCUGUUCCAUACGUUUCCUCGUUUCAUUUCAAUCACCGCGGAGAGUGUCUGAUUCUAUCGAUACGAGAUACACAGAAGGUUCACUUUGCUCGGCUCUCUUCCACAAACCGCCUGGAGCCACACAUCAAAUCUGGAGCCGGAAAACGUCAAGGAGUCACAAAUCCGCUCAGCUCCAAGCGGCUUAGGAUCUCGGAUUGAUUUUUAAGCUGAAAAUUGGCUGAAAAAACUGCAUUUUCCUGCAUUUUUAUCCAUAAUUUUACCCAUAUUUAACCCACGUGUUAUCCCAUUUUAUCUCCUGAAAUUCACUUUAAUCUUCAAAAAAAAAGUAUCUCUCCCCAUACCCCCUGCCUUGCCAUUUAAUACAUUAAUUUUCCUGAAAUUUUUCAUAAAAUCUCAAUUUUUUUUUCAGAAAACUAGCCUAAUUUUCCUUUUUCCCCCCCUAAAAAAUUUGCUAUUUUACCCGAUUUUUUUUUCGGAAAAAUUUUCCAAAAAAUUCACAUAAAUUUCUAAUUUUUUCUGGAAAAUUCGGAAUUUUUUUUUUGAAAACACGAAAACUUCCGAUUUUUUCCUGAAAAGUUUGAGAAUUUUUCGAGUUUUUUGAAAAUUCGCGGAUUUUUCAAAAAUUUCCUGAAAAACUCAAAAUUUUUCGAUUUUUUUUUUCUAAAAAGUGUCAAGAAUCUCUAAUUUUUCCGGAAAAAAUCUGAAUUUUUAUAGCAAAUUUUUCAAAAAUUUACCGCCUGAUUUUGUCGUCGUUCCCACAUAUCUAAAUUCCCUGAAUUCCACUUUCAAAACCGAUUUUUUUUUCGAAUCUUUCACCGUAUUUUAACCUAAAGUUUUAUCUCUGGAAUCUCAUGUGCCUUUAAUAUUUUUUCUUCUGUUUUCUUUUUUUUUUUUGAAUUUUUUCGAAUAAAAUGUCCGAAAAAAAA